AUGGCGGCAUUCUCAAGGCAAUCCUCCGGGGACAUUGAAAAAUCCCCGAAAGACCAUACCGGAAUGGAUGAGGUACGGCUAGAAUCUACACUUGGGCAUAAGCAAGAGCUGCCCCGGAACUUUGGACUGUGGAGUUUGACCAGCCUUGGGAUCGUCAUUGCAAACUCUUGGGCUUCAACAGGGGGUACAAUCGUCGCUGCGCUCAAGAAUGGCGGUCCAAUGGCUGUUCUGUACGGGUUGAUUCUAGUCAGCGUCUUUUACACGACCAUCUCUGCCUCUUUGGCGGAACUCGCCUCCUCCAUGCCUUCUGCCGGCGGGGUAUACUAUUGGUCAUCAGUCUUGAGCCGGAGUCGAGGCCGCACAGCUGGGUUUUUCACUGGGUAUCUGAAUGCUUGCGCGUGGCUGCUAUCAGCGUCAUCGAUGAGUUCCAUGUUGGGGAACGAGGGCGUGGCCAUGUAUCUGCUCCGAUAUCCAACCGUGAAGUGGCAAGCCUGGCAAGUAUUUAUUGUAUUUCAGAUUGUCAAUUGGACAUGCUGUGCCAUUGUGUGCCUGGGAAAUCGGUUUAUUCCUCUCCUCAACCGCAUUGCCCUUACUCUUUCCAUGUGUGGGCUCGUUACAACUGUGGUGGUUCUCACGGUGAUGCCAAAAACGCAUGCCAGCAAUGCCCAGGUGUGGACUGAGUACCACAACAACACAGGUGGAUGGUCAGAUGGAGUUUGCUUCAUGACUGGUCUGUUGAAUGCUGCAUUUGCAGUUGGAGUCCCAGACUGUAUUAGCCAUUUAUCAGAAGAGGUCCCCAAACCUGAGAUCAAGGUCCCGCAGGGCAUAAUGUUGCAAAUGCUGACGGCAUUUGUCACAUCCUUUGUGUACCUGAUUGCUCUCUUCUACUCCAUUCAAGAUUUGGACGCCGUCUUGAAUAGUAACAUUGGCUUUUUCCCAACCGCCGAGAUCUAUCGACAAGCGACAGGCUCUAACACAGGCGCAAUCGGUCUGAUUGCGGUACUAUUUCUCGCGACAUUCCCAACGCUUAUUGGGACAUUCGUGACAGGCGGUCGAAUGUGGUGGAGUCUAGCACGCGAUAACGCAACGCCCUUUUCGAACUACUUCGCUCAAGUGCACCCGACACUAAACUGCCCCGUGCGUGCCACUGUUGCUAUGAGCGCACUCGUCACUUGUCUGGGGUGCAUAUAUAUUGGCAGCACGACAGCAUUUCAAGCGCUGAUCUCAUCGUUUAUUGUCCUAAGCUCGCUGUCCUAUUUCGGAGCCAUCUUUCCUCAUGUUUUUUCGGGUCGUGGAAACAUGGUUCCGGGGCCAUUUUAUAUGGGACAAAAACUUGGAAUGGCAGUCAAUAUUGUUUCUUUGUUAUAUAUUUCUGUUACUGUUGUUUUCUUUUGUUUCCCCUUGGUAUUGCCGGCCACGGUUCAAAAUAUGAACUAUACCAGUGUGAUUGUUGUUGGCUUGAUGGUUCUCACUGCCUCCUGGUGGGUAUUGCGUGGCAGACGCCAGUACUGUGGUCCGCAUUAUAGCUUUGAGGCUGCUGAGCGAUUGGCUGCUUUCCAAGAAGGCAAGGAAGGCCGUCGAUCUUUUAUUGAUAUUGUUGGUGUUUCGCCUAUCGGUACUGAGUAG